UAAGGAGGGGCGGUGAGAAGUGCCUCCUCUGGCUUAUGCCCUCUUCAUCUUGAUUACCCGAGCACCCCAAAUGCCCUGUGUUCUCCUGAAGCAGAAAGUCCCACAGUCUGGGCCCCCCCCUGAAGCAGAAUGGAGCCCCUGGAGCCCUGGACCGGUUGCUCCUCCUGGCCUGACCAGCCCCACGCAGCGGCGGCAGCGGCAGCUGGCAAAGCAAGGCGAGGGCCAGGGGGCUGCCCGUGACCUCGGACCGGCCUGCUGCCCCCUCUGCCCCGCCCCUCCCUGGCGUCGGGCCCUUCCCCAUGGAGAGGAUGAGCUGGCUGAGCAAGCUGAACCCCCGAGCGGCGGGCCACAGGGCCAGCCGCGGGGCCAGCCUGCAGGGCCCUGUAAUGGCAGACCCCGAAACCUGCCUCAUGGUUUUCAAGAACCACUGGGCCCAGGUGCUGAGGAUCCUGGAACAGCGUGGCUCGCGUGUGGCCCAGGGGGCGGCCGAUGACCUCAGUGCCGUGCGUAACAACACCUACCAGAUGUUGACCCUGCUGGCGGAAGAGCGCCCUGGCACCGGGGCCAGCGUGGGGCCCAUCCUGGCAUUUGUGACGUCGGAGGGUGUGCUGGAGCGCCUGCUGGGCUGGCACCUGCAGCGGGACGUCCCUGAGGAGCGCAAGGUGGAGCUGCUCAAGCUGUUCGAGACACUUAUCAGCCAGUCGCACCAGCCCCUGCUGCAGCACCCGUCCAUCCGGCGCCCGCUGCUGCGCCUGCUGGGCCUGUGCGCCGGGCCCGCCUCCCCGCUCCUGGAGACUAGCCUGGUUCUGCUGCUGAACCAGCUCUGUGUCUCGGUGGCCAAGGAGCCCCCACUGCUGGAGCUCUUCUUCCACAGCCCCACGGAGCAGGGCCCUGCCAACCUGCUGGUCUUCUCCCUCCUGGUCCCCUUCAUCCACCACGAGGGGGUCGUCGGCCAGCAGGCCCGCGAUGCACUCCUGCUCCUCAUGGCCAUGUCUGCCGGCAGCCGCACCGUGGCCCAGUACAUCACGGACAACUCCUACUUCUGCCCGGUGCUGGCCACGGGCCUGAGUGCCCUCUACUCCUCACUACCCCGCAAGCUUGAGGUCCGGGGAGACGACUGGCACCUCCUGCGGCGCGAGGACUGGAUCGGGGUCCCUUCCCUUGUCCUCUUCAUGACCUCCCUGGAAUUCUGCAACGCCGUCAUCCAGGUGGCCCAUCCCCUGGUACAGAAGCAGCUGGUCGACUACAUCCACAGUGGGUUUCUGGUGCCCGUCAUGGGCCCCGCCUUGCACAAGACCUCCAUCGAAGAAAUGAUCGCCAGCACUGCCUACCUGGACCUUUUCCUGCGCAGCAUCAGCGAGACCGCCCUGCUCAAGACCUUCUUGCGCUUCUUGCUUCUCCACCGCCACGACAGUAGCACCAUUCUCGACACCCUGGUGGGGCGCAUUGCCAGCAACUCCCGGCUCUGCAUGGUGUCGCUCAGCCUCUUCCGGACUCUGCUCAGCCUCCACUGUGAAGACGUUCUGCUGCAAGUCGUGCUCAGGUACCUGAUCCCCUGCAGCCACGUCAUGUUGAGCCAGAAGAGGGCAGUGAAAGAGCUGGACAUCUACGGCAAAGCGGCCAGCAAGUUCCUGUCCCUAAUCCCCCGUUGCUGCCGUCCGGAGAACCUGCCUCUGCCUGAGCAGGAGGAGGAGCACGCCGCCUGGUCGAAGGGCCACGGCAGCCCCAGCGUGGAUUCUUCUUCUGUGGUGACCGUCCCCAAGCCCUCCACGCCUUCCCGCAUCUCCUUCUUCAUGCGCCAGGCCAGCUUCAGCGGGGAGGCCCCGAGCCCAACCCCCCGUUCCCCAGGAACCCCCACGGGGAGCCCCUGCCACCGCCCCGGCAGAUGGGAAGAGGUCUCUGAGCUGGAGGGGAACUACCUGGAAUACCUGCGAGACGCCUGCCUCAACGUUGACCGCUGUGUCUGGGCCUGCCGGGUGUGGUCAGCCCCUUACGACGGAGUGGUGCCCGAUGCCAGUGGCGUGGCCCCGUCCAGGGACGCCCCCCUGCCAGUCAAAAGCGACUGCUUUGGCUACACUUCCUUCCACCCAGGGGGGCAUCCUGGCCACAUGCCUGCCUCUCCCCGGACUAAAAAGCGGGGCCUGCAAGAAGAGGGGGCCAGCCCGGAAGGGGCCCUUGUUGGGGCCCAGCCCAGUCCCCCUGCCUCUCCCACCCCCAAGGACUCCAGCGGCCUCCUCAAUGGGACCCACGCGGACACUGGCAUCAAGAAGGUGCGUUGGUGCCCGCCAGGGGCUGUGCUUGAGAACGGCUCUGGCCACAGCUCUCAGCCCGGGCCUGUGUGGGAGCAAGCACCCUGCCUGGACUCGCUUUUGGACGAGCUGCUCACCCAGGCGCCUGUGGAGAACGGCGGCACGUCGACCCUGGAGAAGUUCACAGCAGAGCUCAGCCAGCUGGAAGAGGAGAUGGACGGCAGGGGCCGAGGAGAGGAGCAGUUGACGCUCGGCCCCCCCUCGGCCCCUGACCCCACCCCCCUCUCCUGCGAGGAGGAGGAGGAGGCCGCCUUCCAGAGCUUUUCCUCCCACCCUGACAGUGUGGGGCAGCCUAGGCCAGCUGAGCCCCUGGCCCCAAUCAUCAGCAGCCCCCUGCGCACCCCUGGCCACCCCCCCAGCCAGCCAUUCACAGGGCCUUUUGUGGCAGUCCUCUUUGCCAAGCUGGAGAACAUGCUGCAGAACUCCCUCUAUGUCAACUUCCUGCUGACGGGGCUCAUCUCCCAGCUGGCCUGUUACCCGCAGCCCCUCCUGCGCUCCUUCCUGCUCAACACCAACAUGGUCUUCCAGCCCAGCGUCAAGUCCCUCCUGCAGGUCUUGGGCUCUGUGAAGAACAAGAUCGAGCGCUUUGCAGCCAAUCGGGAGGACUUUCCCUCCCUGCUCUUCAAAGCCAAGAAGUACCUGAUUGCCCGGGGCAAGCUGGACUGGUCAGACACCCAGAAUGCCGCUCCGUCCCUGCGCCGAUCGGAGACCUUGGUGAAGAGCCGGAAACCAUCCAUUGGGGAGCUGAUCAUGCGCCACACCAACAGCCCCACACGGGCGCGCCAGGCAGCCCAGCUGGCCCUCCAGCACAUGCGCGAGGGACAGGUGAUGCAUGCGCUGGCAGGAGCCUCUCUCUUCCGCACCUCGGCUGAGAAGCAGAGCGAAGCGCUGCGCGUGAAGAACGCCGUCUACUGUGCUGUCAUCUUCAGCGAGUUCCUCAAGGAGUUGGCAGCCAUUGCCCAGGCCCACGCCGUGACCUCGCCCUUCCUGCUGGAGCCCCCUGAGGAGUGACCGGGCUGGGCCCUGCCCACUCCUUCCCGUGUUCAGCGGCCAGCCUUUUAACUGGACUCCACCCUCUCCCUCCUCCUCGGCUUGGUGCUGCCAGGCCUGCACUAAUUGGGAGCUGGGGGGCAUCUUCUGGGGCGUGGGCGGUGGCCCCCCCCUUUUAAAACUCCAUCCCAGGACAAGGACCUUUUUAAUUUAUUGGGAAUGAAUGUUUUUCUGGAGAACUUGUUGCAAUAUGUAUAAAGAAGUGCUCUCUCCUGUA